AUGCCUGCUUGGUUGGGCUUGGAGCGAGAGAAUGGAGCCUGGAAUCUGACAGACCAUAACACCAUGCGGCAGAUCAUUAACGAGAUAGACGACCCUACUAGCCAAUAUCCUUCAAUUCAGUUAUUUUUAGGGCAGAACACCAAGAUGCAGGCGCUCCGGUCACUCUUUCCGUGCAAUAAUAUUGGCCGGCAUCAGAAAGAUGGUUUUGCCCGAAUGCAUCUCUCCGGUGGGGCCUCAUCCUAUCCGAUCUUCUUCGUUGAAUGCAGUCGUGUCCAAGAGACCGAUCCCUCGCAGCCCCUGAAGGUAUCAACCUACCGGCAUCAUCUCCCAAACACUAGGAGACACUCAUGUCAGGACGUUCAAGCGCUGCUAUACCGAUGCCUCCUCCUCCCACUAGUGGACACUGUGUGUCUUUUCGCAGCCGAUUUUGGGAGCAUCAGGCGGGUACAAAGCCUUUUGGGCUUGUGGUCUCAAACCUCAAUGGUAGACAUUGAUGGCCAAGGACACCAUCUUCGCCCACGCUUGGUGGUAGUAUUGACCGAAGAGGGAGACAAGGAAUCCGAGGUCAAUGCGACAGUAACUGAGCUGUGGGCUACGGCUGUUCCCAAUCUAGUUGCUUCUGUAUCUAUAGUAGAUCUGCGGAAUAGAAGUCACUUGUCUUCGCUCAGCCGUUUCGAACCUCUCCGGCGACAUCUUUCUCUUGAGCUAGACGAGGCGCGUGCCGCACGGACUAAGGCACAUCUGCUCUUCUCUGCUACCCACAUGGAGUGGAUAUUUAGGAAACUGCUUCGUCACAUCGCGGAAUCUCCAUCUUUACCAUUUGAGUUGAUGAAAGCUUGUCGCCCGAGGCGUUCUGGUGGUGACGAGAUCGCCCGAUAUCUCAAGAUUUUUUUGGACAUCGCUGAACAAGGGUCCAUCCCCCCAACUCUCAUGGCCACUUUUAUAGCCUCGGCCUAUCUCAUGGAUGCAUACCCACCCAAAAUGCACGGGUUCGAUCCAGCCAAGACGUUUCGGUACCUUUAUGGAGAUGUUUGUGAGGCUGCAUGUACUACAUCUCCGUACACUAGCCCGCACGGCCUCCACAACCAUAUCGAACGCGAGUUUGUUUCUUUGUUUUCUACCAUCUCCAUGGCUGGCGGCCGGUCCGCGCAGGUGCGGCGAAAGGUCUUCUGGCACCAGAAAUCAGCUUGGUCUGCAGUCAAAACCAACCGCAUCUGUUUGUUCUGUCUACGGUGUUCUCCAGAACAUGUCUUGCCCUGUGGUCAUUCUAUCUGCGACGUCUGCCCAUGUAUUUUCGGUAGUCGGGGCGAGGGAGCAGAAUAUCACAUUCAGCUGACAUCCUGCCCGGCCUGUUUAGAGUGCUUUACCUUUACCAUCCGCUUGCUCCCUCCGACAAAAGGGCCAACUAUUCUAGCUUUAGAUGGUGGCGGUGUCCGCGGCGUUGUCACACUCGGAUUUUUGAAAGCCCUUGAAGACCAGAUCAGUUGUAAGAGGGGACUGCGUGAAGCAUUUGACCUGACGAUGGGAACUAGUGCCGGCGCCGUCAUCGCAUCUGAAUUGAUGGUCCGUGAAACGUGUGUCAGCGAAGCACACACUAAGUUCGAAGCCCUAGCGCAGCAAAUAUUUCCCUUACGGCCCCGUCGACAAACGGUUUUGGGACAAUCAUGGGACUGGCUAAUGACCUGGGCGACUGAUAGCCGACACAACUCGGGCGUCUUGGAUCGAACCUUACAAGAAGCCUUUGGACGCCAUCAUAAGCUGUUCGACACCCCUAUAUCCCUAUUGUCCGGCGUCCGGGUGGCCUUAACAGCUAGCCAAGUUGAAGACGGUUCCCUAAGUUUGUUCACCAACUACCGAUCAGCUGGUCGUUCCGGCAUCUCAUCCUCCUACAAAGUAAUAGCUCCGGGGGAAGAGCCUCUUCUAUGGGAAAUUGCACGUUGCAGUGUAGCUGCUUUAGGAUAUUUCACGCCAAAGCACCUCCCGGGAAUUGGCAUCUUCCAGGACGGCGGGGUCCGGGCAAAUUGCCCUCUUCGUGCCGCCCUCCGCGAGUGCGAAAUCAUCUGGCCAUGGGCCAAGAGACCCGACCUUGUUGUAAGCAUCGGUACCGGAUAUACACCGGAAACAUCAACCUCUCUACCUGAUAAACCGGGUUAUUUGAUGCACGACCGCUUUAUCAAGCGUGCCGUUCGUGCCUUUAUGUCCUCGCCAGCAGUUGACAGUCAACGAGGCUGGCAGGACGCCUGGGACAGCAUCCACGAGACUUUUAGGCCGGAUACGUUCCGCCUCGACCGGCCGAUAGCAGGACAGUUACCGGAGCUAGAUGACGCACGUGCGCUUGGUAAAUUAGGUGAGUUUGACUACCGAAUCCCCCAGGAGCUUAUCCGGGUAUGGCUUGUCAAGUCAUUGUUUUUCGAACUCGAUGAAGAGCCAAUCAUGGCUCACGGGCACUACGAAUGCCAUGGCUCUAUUCUAUGUUGUAAAUAUGAUGCAACAAACAUCAUCCAGCAGAUAAUGUCCCAGUUUCCUGGUUCUCACGUCCAGUUCUCCGACGGCACCGAUAUUGGGUCACUUGACGACCAUCAGGGUUGCGCAAAAUGUGGUUAUUAUCGAAAGCGUGUCUUCCUCCGGGUAUCCAAUAUUCAUGAAACCGUACAGUUGAGAGUCGGGGGCGUCACUGGGUCCAGCGCCCUUGGCGGAUUCCCAACCUCCAUUUACAAUCUUUUAGACCAACAACUGGCUGAUUUCCCCUUUGGGCGAGCGGACCAUCGCAAUGAUCUUUGGCCUCCGUUGCGUCAGUGCUACUGCACAGGUCGCAAACGACCUCGCAAUCUCAUGCAGACAGACCGAGCGUACAAGAGACGUCGACAAUAA